CUCCGCCACAUUUCUCUACAUCUCACUAUAUCCUCUGCUAAUUAUCCCAAGUGAAAUACUUGCGACAUAGUACCACUGGGGGAGGCCAUAUUGAUAUCCCUGCUUUGGCCUAACGUGACAGCUGUCGGCAACGUUAACCUGUGCCCUUACAAGAGCUUCACCUCAAUAUAAUCCUCACUAUCCGACCAUCAUCACAUUUCUUAUACGCAACUUGCGGUCUGUCUACGACCUUAUGAACCAGGAUGUUUAACCGCAACAAUAUACCUUCCGUACCCAACCCCUUUGGCUCCCGGCCAUCUCGCGGGGAUGGCUAUUCAAGCCCCAACCCGGGCCAGGGACCUCCUCCUUAUCCACGAAGAGAAUAUAACGCCAGCCCUGCGCCUACGGGUGGUGUAGGGUACGAAUACCGUCCUCGUCCCCCAGAGUAUGACGUUGUGAUGACUGACGAUUAUAAUAACUUAAGGGGAUAUGGAGCACCGAUGGGAAGGCCUGGUCAACCACCACAGUUGCCCUCGAGAGCUCCUGUUGGAGGAAGCUCAGGGAGAACCUGGACCUUGCGUCCCGCGAAGAGUCCCGACAAUACCUACACAUUUGGUAACUUGGUUGCAGUUUCGCCACAGGAUUUCCCACCUACUCGCGAUGGGCACGACCUUUUCCUUCUUAUUAAUGAUGUCUUCGUAUUCUCCGCGCGCCCAUAUGAGGGAUUCCCACCAGGUCAUAUUAGCAUGUCGGAUCCUCAGCGGACGUGGGCUGGCGUUGCAUUCACGGACGCUGUCAAUGUGCAGAUCUACGAUCCGUUCAGUCAAGGCGGACAAGCAUACAUUGGGUCUACAGACAUCGAAAUUGGAUUCGCCGGUAAGAAGAGAGUUGAGACUCCAUACGAUCAAGAUGAGUUGGGUAAUGCAGUCGUCAAGAAUUUUGAAAACCAAAUAUUUGCCCCGGGCCAAAAGAUAUUAAUGGACCAUAAGAGCAUCCCCCUUCUUCUGACAAUUAAGACCGUUCAACGUGUUGACUUGAGUUCCGAGAAGGCCGACUUGUCUGGUGGCCAUGUGGAGACGGAUCCUAUCGCCAGGGGUAUUCUCACGAGACAUUCUCAGAUCAACUUCUUCAAAGACGCCCGGACUGGUAUCAAUUUGAAAGCUUCGAACCGUCGGCCAGCGGCCAAUUCUAUUAUUCAACCUGAUUUUAAGUUCGAGAACAUGGGUAUCGGAGGCCUUGAUACGGAGUUUAGCACAAUUUUCCGUCGUGCAUUUGCAUCUCGUAUCUUCCCCCCAGGUUUGGUCGAAAAGCUGGGUAUCCAGCACGUGAAGGGUAUGCUCCUUUAUGGUCCUCCGGGAACUGGUAAAACGUUGAUUGCCCGGCAAAUUGGCAAGAUGUUAAACGCAAGGGAACCGAAGAUUAUCAACGGUCCCGAAGUGCUGAACAAAUAUGUCGGGCAGUCAGAGGAGAACAUUCGGAAGCUUUUCGCAGACGCAGAAGCUGAGUAUAAGGAGAAGGGUGAGGAAAGUGGGCUCCAUAUUAUCAUUUUUGACGAGCUCGAUGCUGUUUGUAAGCAGCGUGGCAGCGGAGCAGGCGGUGGCACGGGCGUAGGUGACAGUGUGGUGAACCAACUGCUAUCGAAACUCGAUGGUGUGGAUCAGCUCAAUAACAUUCUUCUUAUCGGUAUGACCAAUAGGAAGGACAUGAUCGAUGAUGCGCUAUUGCGACCUGGCCGUCUUGAAGUGCACAUGGAGAUCUCUCUCCCCGAUGAGAAGGGCCGAGCCCAAAUUCUCAAGAUUCAUACCCAGAAGAUGAGGGAUAACGACGUGAUGGACGUGGAUGUUGAUCUAUCCGAGCUCGCACUGAUGACCAAGAACUUCUCAGGUGCCGAGAUCGCAGGUCUUGUCAAAUCCGCGUCCUCAUUCGCCUUUUCUCGACACGUCAAAGUUGGAACAAUGGCUGGUAUCAGCGACGAUGUGGUCAAUAUGAAAGUCAACCGAGGCGAUUUCCACAAUGCGCUUGACGAAGUUAAACCUGCAUUUGGCGUGUCUGAGGAGGAGCUUUCGAGCCGUAUCCAGUACGGCAUCAUCCAUUACUCCCACCAGAUAAACGAAAUCUUGAAGGAAGGAGAGCUCUUUGUCAAGCAAGUUGGUGAAUCGACACCUUUGUUUUCUGUCUUGCUGCAUGGUCCAACUGCGUCAGGGAAGACUGCACUCGCAGCCCGGAUUGCUAUCGAUUCUGGAUUCCCCUUCAUCAAACUGAUCAGUCCUGAAGAUAUGGUCGGCUAUAGUGAAAUGGCUAAGGUUCAGUAUAUCAGUAAGAUCUUCGAUGACGCUUACAAGAGUCGCACCAGUGUUGUUGUCGUCGACAAUAUCGAAAGAAUUAUUGACUGGGUCCCAAUUGGCCCUCGAUUCAGCAAUACUGUCCUGCAGACCUUGAUGGUCUUUUUAAGGAAGCAGCCGUCAAAGGAACGGCGAUUGCUUGUUCUGGCAACCACAACCCAGAGAGCUGUUCUGAAGCAGCUAGAUGUGUACAACUCAUUCAACUCCGACAUCAUGGUCCCGAAUGUCAUGACAUGCGACGAAUUGCAAUACAUCAUGAAGCAGUCGGAGGCGUUUGAUGAUCAGGAAAUUGGCCAGGUGUUAGAGGCGAUUGGUGGUAUCAACCAAGCUGACAAGGCGCCGGCGGACAAAUUCAUCGGUGUCGGCGUUAAGAAAGUGCUGUUGGGCAUUGAGACGGCUAAACAGGAUGCUGACAAGGUUGGCCGGUUUGUACGUGUCAUGGACAGGGCAAUUGAGGAAGAGCGGAGCUUUGACUGAGAUUCAUUCUUUCUUUUCAGAUAGAGAGGAGGGGGCUUCUUUUCAGUUGUUGGAUACCCAGGUAUGUGCCUGUAUGUAUAGAAGAAUGGUAUUUGUACUUAGUGAAAUUGGCAAGGACACAGAGUGUCUUAAUUUAACGUGACUCUUACCCGUGUUCCAAUGUAUUGUAUUUCAUUCACUAUUGAUCACCUGCAUGCAGCCCAUCC